AGAAACAAAAAUAGUAUUCACACACAACUUGGUUUUUCUUUAUGUCUUUUUGGCAAUUGAAUUUGUAGACUUCACUGUGCAUUUUGCUUCCCAACCUGGCCCGGGAUAUUUAACAACUCCAUACUUUGACGAGUUCUUUGGCAUUAUUUCACAUGAAAAUUACAUCCCUCAAGUCUUCCACUCUGUACAAGUAAUUGAGUUUUAGUUAAACAAGCAAGGUGAAAGAUCGUGAAACUUAUGGAGAAGCUGAAAGACAGCCUCUUCUUUCUGGCUAUUGGGGGCUUUUUGAUAUCUUCAUUUGCAGAACCUUCAAUUGCAGCUGACGCCGUAACUGCAACGCAGUCCUUGAAAGAUAACCAAACAUUAGUUUCACCUGGUCAGAAGUUUGAACUGGGCUUCUUCAGUCCUAGAAACUCGAGUGGUCGAUAUCUAGGAAUAUGGUACAAGAAUAUCCCUGACCAGGCUGUAGUUUGGGUAGCAAACAGAGACUACUCUCUUCAGAAUUUUACAGGUUUGUUAACAUUCAGUAAUGAUUCAAAGCUCGUGCUUCUCAAUGAAUCUGGAAACAUCAUCUGGUUUUCAAAUACGUCAAGAGUAGCAAGAAAUCCUGUUGCACAGCUUUUAGACUCUGGGAAUUUUGUUUUGAAAGAGAAUGGAGAUGACAACCCAGAGAACUACUUAUGGCAGAGCUUUGACUAUCCAUCUAAUACUUUAUUGCCUGGUAUGAAGCUUGGGUGGAACUUGAAAUCUGGUUUGAAUAGACAUUUGAGAUCAUGGAAAAGCUCAGACGAUCCUUCUCCUGGUGACUACACUUACAGUGUUGAUCCCCGUGGGCUUCCUCAACUUGUUCUUCGAAAAGGAUCAACAAAGGAGUUUCGAAGUGGGCCAUGGUUUGGGGAACAAUUUAGUGGUGAUCCGGACCUGAUUGCCAACACGGUUUUCAAACCCAUGUUCUUCUCUAAUGACGAUGAAGUAUAUUACACAUAUGAAACCAUCGACAACAAUACUUCAAGGUUUGUGUUGGGUGAAUCGGGCAUGGUUCAACAUUUCUCUUGGAAUGAUAGGCACUGGAACCUCUUGUACAACGUUCAAGGAGACCGCUGUGACAAUUAUGGCCUGUGUGGUAGUUACGGAAAUUGCAACCAUGACAAGAUCAUAAACUGCGAGUGCUUGAAGGGUUUCAGGCCCAGAUCACCCAAAGGCUGGAAUAUGCUUGAUUGGACAGGUGGAUGUGUUCCAAAUGAUCCAAAUAUUUGCAGAACUGGAAAGGGAUUUAUUAAGGUAACAGGAUUAAAACUACCGGAUGCAUCACAAUUUUCUGUAAACGUCAGCAUGGAUAUGAAAGAUUGCAAGGCAGAGUGCUUGAAGAACUGCUCUUGUGUGGCUUAUGCUAACCUGGACAUCAGCAGCAGUGGCAAUGGUUGUGUGACCUGGUUUGGAGAAUUAAUUGAUAUUAGACAGGUAGAUAAAUAUGGGCAAGAUCUCUAUGUAAAGGUAGCAGCUUCGGAACUUGAGUCAAUUGCUGAUAGAAGCAGGCAGAAGAAACGAAUUGUAGUGGCUGUAUCAGUAGCUUUAGCAGUGAUACUCUUGGCUUCAACUAGCUUCUUGUUUAUUUGGAAGACGAGAACAAAGGGAGCCACCAAGGAGGAUGAACUUCAGCUACCAUUAUUUGAACUAGCUACUAUUGAAGCUGCCACUAGCAACUUCUCUGCUGUCAAUAAGAUUGGAGAAGGUGGAUUUGGCCCUGUAUACAAGGGUGAGCUGCCAUCGGGGCAAGAAAUAGCAGUAAAGCGACAUGCAGAGAAUUCUGGACAAGGCCUGCAGGAGUUUAAGAAUGAGGUCAUCUUGGUCUCCCAACUUCAACAUCGGAAUCUUGUAAAGCUUCUAGGUUGUUGCAUUCAAGGAGAAGAAAGAAUGUUAAUCUAUGAGUACAUGCCUAACAGAAGUUUGGACUCCAUAAUCUUUGCAGAUGAAGUGAGCCGUCGUUCCCUCAAAUGGCAAAAGAGAUUAGAUAUUGUUAUUGGGAUAGCUCGAGGACUUCUUUAUCUCCAUAGAGAUUCAAGACUCAGAGUAAUUCACAGAGAUCUAAAAGCUGGCAAUAUUCUGUUAGAUGGUGAAAUGAAUCCCAAAAUCUCAGACUUCGGAAUGGCAAGAAUCAUUGCCGGGGAUCAAACUGAAGCGAAGACGAAGAGAGUAGUUGGAACCUACGGCUAUAUGUCUCCAGAAUACGCCAUAGAUGGACAUUUUUCUUUGAAAUCUGAUGUCUUUAGCUUCGGUGUAAUUCUGCUGGAGAUAGUCAGUGGGAAGAGGAACCGGGGCUUUUCCCAUCCAAACCACAAACUAAAUCUCAUUGCGCAUGCAUGGAAACUUUGGAAUGAAGGGAAGGCCUUGGAAGUGAUGGAUGCCUUGCUAGAUAACAAGUUCGUCAUCUCUGAAGCGCUGAGAUGCAUUCAAGUGGGUCUUUUAUGUGUUCAACUACGCCCUGACGAGAGGCCUACAAUUUCAUCGGUGCUCUUGAUGCUGGAUAGCCAACAUGCGUUGCUUCCUCAUCCUGGACGCCCUGGAUUUUAUUCAGAAAGGAGCCUUCCAGAGACGGAAUCAUCAUCAGCUGGAAUAAAGAAUACCAUUUCAAAUGAGAUAACAGAUACAUUGUUAGAGGGUCGUUAGAAUGUACUUCUUGCGAUCAUUCUGUCCUAGAAGUUGGAAGUACUUAUUUCUCUUUGAAUUAACAAUGUAGCAGGUAUACCAAUCUACCAAAUGAACUUUAUUUUGUCUUCGCCAAUUCCACCAGGCGAUUCCC